AUGCCAACAGACACACUGGUGCCAACAGACACACUGGAUUCUAAACAGGACACGUUGGAUUUGAAACAGGACAGACUAGGUUAUAAAGUAAUGGCUGCAACCUCUGCACUUGAAGCGAGAAUUUUGAGCAAUAUGACAAGGGAACUAAGAAGGUCAGCUGAGAAUCAUGUGACAUUGAUUGAAUCCCAACUGACUUCAGUCAAUGCUAGUAUUGGAAAUGAGCUGCGAAUGGUGAAAAGACUCCUUUCAAAGAAUGACACCACUGUAUGUGAGACAUUUGAUACUCAUCCUGAAGACCUGUUACAAACAUUCCUGAAUAGCCAGAGUGAACUAGAGCUAAGAGUUCUGAGUAACAUCACAAAGCAACUGGAGAUGUCAGCUGAAUAUCAUGUGACCUCAUUUGAAUCUACACUAGCAUCUGGACUGUCUUCAGUGGAUGCUGGUAUCAAGAAUGGACUAAGGAAAAUUGAAGGACAGAUUGCAAAGAACUGUACUGCAGAGAUUUUGUCCUCCGUUGCUGAUGUAAUCGUGAAUUACCAACACACCAUCGAACUCCAGUUAAAAGUGCUGAGCAACAAUACAAAGGAACUAAGGCAGUCAGCUGAGAAUCAUGUGACUACAAUUGAAUCCCAACUGACUUCAGUGGAGCUGCAUCACGGAAUGAACUAG